AUGAGUUCAACACAAAAUUAUCCACUCACAAAUAAUGAGCGAGGUGGCUCUCGUAGUAGAUCACCACGAACCAGAUCCUCAAGACGUCGUUCUCCUUCAAAAAUGAUUAAUUUAUAUUUUAGAACCCGAAGUCCUGUUAGAAGUCGUGAACGAAGUCGCAAUAGGAGACACAGCCACAGAGAUGAACCUGACCCUAGUUGUGUAUUGGGAGUUUUUAAUUUGAGUCUUAGAACUAUUGAAAGAGAUUUACAAAAUAUCUUUGAACGAUAUGGAAAAAGCGACAGAUCUCGUGGAUUUGGAUUUGUUUACAUGGAUUCAAUCGAAGAAGCAACUGUCGCUAAAGAAAAAACCAAUGGAAUGGAAGUAAAUGGCAGAAAUAUGCGCGUUGAUUAUUCUUUGACACAAAGACCACACACGCCUACUCCUGGAGAAUAUAUGGGUGAUAGACCUCAUUAUUACCGUAGUAGUGGGAAUUUUUAUCGUCGUACACCAUCUCAUUCUCCUCCUCGAAGAUUUAGUAGAAGAAGAAGUCCUUCAAGAUCUAGGAGCCGUAGUUGGUCAAGAGGUCGAAGAAGGUCUCGUAGUAACAGUUUUUCAAGACAUAGGAGAAGUUCACCAGGUCGUAGAAGGAGUUCUCGUAGCUAUUCACGUUAA